CCGACAGAGCGCUCUGGACUGGAGAACGCUAUCACUUUCCAAGACAAAGUUGAUAACAUGCCGAUAAAUAUGUUUGAAUUCGCGUUUAACUCGUUGGAAAAAACUUUGACAUUAACAAAUUAAAUGCUUUGAAUAAAUUAAUUUCUUAAUCAUAAUGCGAAAGGCUCAGUCUGGAGGGUCGAGUGCCGUCGAUGAUGCAGUGGUGCUGCAGCUCCGCGCGCUCUGGACAAGAUAUGAGCAUCACUGCAUGGAGAAUGCCAGCUGUCCCAGUGCAGUACUCAAACAGGACAUCAUUCACCACAUCGACAAACAGCAACAUCUCAAAAAGAUAACGCUGUCCUUUCCAGAUUGCAGGCCCUCAGAUGCUAUUCUGCCCAGCCUUCAGCCUCUGUUAAUGGCUAUACGAAAUGAGCGUUACACACAUGCACAAGAAUUCCACAUCUGGAGUCUGUCUCUGAAGCCAAAAGAUAUAGUUGAGCUGUGUCUUCUUUUGGAGAAAAGGGGGAGGACAGUUUAUCCCUUCAGAUCACUAGAGCUGCUUGAUUGCAAACUGACUGAAUGGUCUCUGGAAAGAUUGGGGAAGGCUUCAGGCAUCAGCUACCUCACCACACUCUGCCUGGACUAUACACGCAUGGGACAGGAAGGACUGAAAGGUUUGCUUAGUGGAGGUGUGGAGACCAGUCAAAUAUUUUCCUUGAGUUUAUGUUAUUGUGGUUUGGGCUCAUGGAGCGGAACUCUGCUAGCUUCACUUCUCACCAACAGUUCUGUGAGGGAGCUCUACAUCAAUGGUAAUGAGCUGCAAUGUGAGGGUGCCAUUGAGCUGCUGAGACCGGUUGCUGAAAACAGCCAAAAAAUGGCAGAGAUCCAAAACAGGACCACAUCCAUCACAGGCGAGACAGAGUUGAUCUCCCAAAUGAGCAAUAUGUCUUCCAAGCAAAAGAAAGCAAAGAACAAAGGAAAGAAGACGAAGAAGAAAAGAGAAAAAACAAAGAGCGGUCCUGGUGCUGCAGAGGGUCCGUGGCUAGAGAAGCUGCACAUGUUUGAUAACUCCAUUGAUCACUCAGGAAAGGAGGGACCAAAUCAACUAACUCAAUUCUUGGAGCUCCUUUGCAUUCUAGUUCAGUUCUCCAGUCACCUGACCGAACUGGAUCUUGGUGAGAAUCACAUUGGAGAGGAUGGUGGGAAAGUGCUUUUAGAGGCCCUGAGAGAGAGACAAACAGCUAAACUAUCUCCAAUUAAAAUCCAAGUGUCAACACGCAUGUCCACAGAAACAUUCAGUGCCAUUUUGAAAAGCGCAAAGGAACUUAAAUCUGGGAAAAAGAGAAGAAAGACAAAGGUGCGGUAUAUUGUGAUGCUGAAUAAUGUACAGUAGCCCUAAAUAGGAUUUGGUAAUGCCUGUAUAAAUCUGUAAACGAAUUAUGAGCUUUUAUCAGAACUAGGCAAUCUCUUUAUCUUUGCAACAUUUAUUUUUUUAAGUCAUAAGGCUUCAAAUCAUUUUUAGGGACACUGUAUUUGCUUGAAAUAUCUUUAAAAUGAAUUCUUAGAAUAAUAUAUAAUAAAGUUCUGUCUCAUUUGAUCAUUUCUAGGGGGGAAAAAAGUAAUGCAUCUGUCUGGAGGAUAUUGAAAGUAUGUUGUUUACACAAUGUUUUUUCAAACUAUUUCCAGUCUCAUCCCAAGACGUCAUUCAACUGACGUGUUGGGACGUCUUUUGACCAUACGUCAACAUCCGCCUUUUUAGGGUAACCUAAAACGUCGGUUAUAGCUGACGUUAUCGGAUCCUAACCCUACCCCAGACCUAAACCUACCCCUAAAGCGUCAGUUGUAUGGCGGCCCGG